CUAGGCGCCGGCGGCGGAGCCCCCCGUUCAUGCCGGGCUGCCUCGCCGGCCUGUCCCCGCCACCCGCCGCGCUCCACCUCCUGCUCCGCGGCCGCGGCCGCAGCCGCAUGGCCUUCUCCGCGGCCGCGCCGUCCCGCGCCUUCCAGCUCCGCCUCAACCCGCUCACCGGCGACUCCGAGUGGCUCGUCGUGGACGAGGCGGAGGGGGAGGAUGCGGGGGCGGCGCCUCCCCAGACGCAGAGGCAGCUCCUCGCCGCCACCUCCUACCUCGACAUGCUCAACGACGCCGCCCGCAACCGCGCCUACCGCCGCGCCAUCGAGGCCGCCGUCUCCGACCCCUCCUCCCGCGUCCUCGACAUCGGAGCCGGGACCGGGUUGCUCUCCAUGAUGUCCGCGCGGGCUUUGGGGGCUGUUGGAGGCGAGGGCAGGGGCAGCGUGUCGGCAUGUGAAUCCUACCUUCCCAUGGGCAAGUUGACGCGCAAGGCACUGAGAGCCAACGGGAUGGACAAUAAGGUGAAGCUCUUCCAUAAGCGGUCGGAUGAACUCCAAGUUGGAGUCGAGCUCGAUUCGCCAGCUGAUGUGCUGGUGAGUGAAAUUCUUGACUCUGAGCUGUUGGGUGAGGGCCUGAUACCUACUCUACAGCAAGCUCAUGAUUCGUUACUGGUGAAAAAUCCAAAGACAGUCCCAUAUCGAGCAACUACCUACGGGCAGUUAGUCGAAAGUCCGUUCUUGUGGAAGAUGCAUGAUUUGCACAGCAAUGAAGCAAAUGCUGCGGAUGGUGUCUGGCUUACUCCUGGUGGGAUGGAAAAUAUCGUUUCUGUGAAGCUGCAGCAACAUGCAAUGCAAUGUGAUCCGUUACAAGACGAGAUACGAUUGCUGUCAGAACCCUUCAAAGUUUUUGAAUUUGACUUUUCGGAACGACCAGAGAGUCAGCGUGAAAACAAGAUCACGAUUAAAACAACUGGUGAUGGCUGUGUUCAUGCUAUUAUUUCGUGGUGGGUGCUUCAGUUAGAUUCUGAUGGGUCAAUCUUCUACUCCACUGCUCCCAGAUGGGUGAGGCAAUCAAGUAUCACGGAUCUACCACAAUGCGCUGACGACACGAAGGAUUGGUGUGAUCACUGGAAGCAUUGUGUUUGGUUUACACAAGGGAGAGGUGCUUCUGUUAUGAAAGAUCAAACUCUUUCUCUAAGGGCUAGUCAUAACCUAACUAGCAUCUCAUAUCAGCUGCUAAACGCCAAUGAUGAAGCAUGCAAUGGAAGCUUGAAAGGUGACCAUCUGACAUUGUUGCCGGAAAGGAUAGCACUUUAUGGUGAUAGAUAUUGGAGAUCAGCUUUGAUAACAGCAAUUAAAAAUGCUCUAGGCGACAGAUCUUUGCAAACCUGUAUCGUGGCUGAUGACAGUAUAUUCUUAGCUCUCUUAGUUUCUUCUCUCUCACCAUCUUCAAAAGUCAUUGCCAUGUUUCCUGGUCUGCGGGACACAGGUGCAACAUAUCUCCAAGCUGUUGCAAAGGCAAACAAUUUCUCCAUAGAUCAAAUUCAAGUGAUUGGUAAAAGAGCAGCAUCUCUUUCAACGGAUGAUCUGGAACAUAAAAAGGUUGACUUGUUAGUGGGCGAACCAUUUUAUUGUGGCAGUGAAGGGAUGCUUCCAUGGCAAAACCUGCGUUUCUGGAAUGCAAGAACUCUGUUUGGCUCGAUGUUAUCCGAGGAUGCACUCAUAAUGCCUUGUAAAGGAGUAUUAAAGUUAUGUGCCAUGUCUCUUCCGGACUUGUGGAGGAGUCGUCGCAGCCUUAAAAAUGUCGAGGGUUUUGACCACUCAGUUGUUAAUGAGACUUUAGGAGCCUGCGGUGAUCUUCCUGGAGAGCAGCAAGGUCCUUGCCUGCCCUAUUAUGUAUGGCAAUGUGGUUAUACAAAGAAACUAAGCAAAGUUUACUCGCUCAUGGACUUCAACUUCGCUGAGCCUAUUCACUCAUGCUUUGGGAAAACAAAGAUAGAGUUUGCUGAUGCUGGAACGUGCCAUGGUUUUGCGGUUUGGAUUGACUGGGUACUUGAUGAGAAAAACUCCAUCGUGCUAAGCACUGGACCAGAUAGCCGAUACUGGAAACAAGGAGUCCAGCUCCUUAGCAAGCCCAUAGAGGUGAAUCCAGCCAAGUCACAGUUGCAUGUAGAGGCAUCAUUUGAUCCUUCCUCUGGUGACAUCACAUUUUGCUCCUCGUUCUCUUGACGUAAGUUGCAUCAUGGAACCUCGUGCAUCACAACACAGACUAGAAAUUGUACCAGGUACAGAUAGUGCGCUCUAUUUCCCUUUGCACAUUUUUGUCCGACCAACACAUAAUGCGAAGUAGAGUCUAUAAAAAGCAAUGUGCGACGGUGGUCUAGGAUGUUUAAAUUUUCAGAGAUUGGGUAAUCCUAGUUCCCAAACCACCAUACUUUCUUCAAAAAGAUCAGUCCCCAGUUGGCCACAAGGUACUUGAAAUGCCCAUCAUGGUUAUUCCCAAAAGCGAUGUGUGUAUCUGGGAAUUGAUGACUACUCUAAUGACCCAAGAUGGAAAUAUGAUGGUAGAGGGGAGGUGAUAUGAUAUGGGGUUGUAUUUAACUAGUUGCAGUAUUUGAGCAAGUUUGAACUUAUGUAUUUGACUUGUGGCAUUCAUAUGUAGUAACAAUUUAAUUGUGGUA